UUGUUUUAAAGUAUAUUUACAUUUAUUUAUGGUCAGUUUAUAAAAAGAAGUCUAUGAGGGUUACGGGGUUCCGUGGGUCAGCACAGCAGCGGUCCGUUUCCUCCACAGAAGUUAGUAUUUGAUUCUAGCCUCAGUAAAUGUAAAGGGCUAUGCAACUGUUUUCAGAACCUGAACCACAUAUGAUCAGCCUGAAUUCAGAAUUUUAAAUAUUUAAACUGGUCAAAAUUAGACUGGAUCUUUCUACACUGAUGAAAUAUUCUGGAAAACAUAGUUUCAGAUCUGUGGUACCUUUAUUCUACGUUUGAAACAUUUUUUCUUGCGCCGGUAUUUUGACCAAACUAUCUAUAAUCCGUGUAGAAUAAUCCAGGUUUGACCAGUCCAAGUAUUUUACAUGUGAUCCUCCAGAUGAUCUGGUCCAGAUUAUUUAAACAAACUGAAAUUGAGCUACAAAUCGGAAGCCAACUUCAUCUCUGGUGCUAACAGCGGCUAGCUGCGGCUAACGGCAGCGAGGCUCCUGUCCGGAAGAGGAGGGCGACUCAGUGCAGCUGCAACAACCCGGCGGUGACUGCGUGCUGCUCGGGGAAGGUAGAGAGCAGACAACCGGCAAACACAGCAGCUGCUCCGUCCUGUCUGAUGGCCAAGCGUUAGUCUGACAGCAUGGAGGAAACCGGAGUUACCGGGGACCUAAACGUGAACCUGCGGUGGCCGAGUACCGGAGACCUGCAGCUGGACAAGGCGGUGCAGCAGUGGGUGGACUGGGACAGGAACCCCUGGACUCGGGCUCAGUUGGACUCUCUGGUGGAAGCGUGUCAUCUGGAUGAUCUGAGAUCCAGACUCUGCAGCAGAAUGAGCUUCGGUACAGCUGGACUCCGAGCACCAAUGGGAGCUGGGUUCAACCGGAUCAACGACCUUACCAUCAUCCAGUCAACACAGGGUUUAUAUGCGUACCUGUGCAGGUGUUUCGCAGACCUCAGCAGCAGGGGCGUCGUGGUUGGUUAUGACACCAGAGGUCAGGAGGAGAGCGGCUGCAGCAGUCAGAGGCUGGCCAAGUUGACGGCUGCUGUGAUGCUCAGCAGAGACGUUCCAGUCCAUCUUUUCUCCACGUUCGUCCCGACUCCUUACGUGCCUUACGCUGUGAAGAAGCUCGGAGCAGCAUCUGGAGUGAUGAUCACUGCGUCACACAAUCCGAAAGAGGACAACGGUUACAAGGUGUACUGGUGUAAUGGAGCCCAAAUCGCCUCUCCUCAUGAUAAGGAGGUGUUGCGCUGUAUAGAGGAGCAGCUGGAGCCCUGGAACGCCUCCUGCUGGGAUGAGAAGCUGGUGGAUCACAGUUCGCUCAGGACCGAUCCCCUGACCCAGAUCAACAGCUGCUACAUGGAUGACCUCACUUCUCUCUGCUUCCACAGGGAUCUGAACAGCGGCUGCACGUUAAAGUUCAUCCACUCGUCCUUCCACGGAGUCGGACAUGACUUUGUCCAGCAGGCCUUCCGGGUGUUUGGCUUUGCCCCUCCUAUUCCAGUACCUGAACAAAAAGACCCCGACCCAAACUUCUCUACUGUUCGCUGCCCAAACCCUGAAGAGGGCGAGUCUGUCCUGGAGCUGUCUCUCCUCUUGGCUGAUCGGGAAAACGCUCAGAUCGUUCUAGCCACAGAUCCUGACGCCGACCGCCUGGCCGUGGCCGAGCAGUCCAAUGGGUGUGGCUGGAAGGUGUUCUCAGGAAAUGAGCUGGCUGCCCUGUUAGGAUGGUGGAUGUUCUUCAACUGGAAGGAGAACCAUCCAGAUCCAGUGGACACCGAGAGCAUCUACAUGUUGGCCACCACUGUGUCGUCCAAAAUCCUGCAGGCGUUCGCCCGCACGGAGGGCUUCCUGUUCGAGGAAACUCUUCCUGGCUUCAAAUGGAUCGGAAACAGAAUCCAUGAGCUCUCCAAAACCGGAAACAGGGUCAUAUUUGCCUUUGAGGAGUCCAUAGGUUUCCUGUGCGGCAGCAUGGUCCCUGAGAAAGAUGGCGUCAGUGCCGCCGUGGUCGUGGCAGAAAUGGCGGUGUACCUGCAGACCAAGAAACUAAGUCUGAACCAGCAGCUGCACAACAUCUACAGGACGUACGGCUAUCAUGUAUCCAAGACCUCCUACAUCACCUGUAACGACCCCCCCACCAUCCAGAGGAUCUUCAGUCGGAUCAGGAACUUCGACAGAGACGCCUCGUAUCCGAAGGAGUGCGGCGGCGUGCGGAUCGUCCACGUCAGGGACGUUACCACGGGAUACGACAGCAGCCGGCCCGACCUAAGAUCAGUACUUCCUGUGUCCAGGAGCAGCCAGAUGAUCACCUUCACUCUGCAGAACGGCGUCGUGGCAACGCUGCGGACAAGCGGUACCGAACCAAAGAUCAAGUAUUACAGCGAGUUCUGUGCUGCACCGGGAGAAAGCGACGUGUCCCAGCUGGAGGAGGAGCUCCGGAAGGUGACGGACGCUCUGGUGGACGAGUUCCUCGAACCGGACAAGAACCACCUGAUCCGCCGCUUCGUCUAGCUCCGCUUCCUAGUUCCUAUGGUGACAUCACUUCCUGCAGGGUUACAGCUGCUCUACUGAACUCAUCCAUUCAAAGAGGACCUGUAGAGUCUGAUCUGAAGCGUUCCCCCAUGAGUGCUUUCUGUCUUCUCAUUGGCCAACAGGUGAUCACCUGUCAGACUGCAGGAACAGCCGAUCAUUGGGUUCAGAUACGGAGAUUUAUUUAAGCGUAAAAAAACGUUUCUUUAUUUAAAUUAUCUGUUUUUAUUUUAUUUAUUUUUGACAUUUUUAAAAAACAAACAAUGGAAAAAAUCAGCAGUACGAUCAGUUUAUCAGUGAAAGAUUACACCAAAUUAUUAUUGGGGUUUCAUUUGAGAGAUGUUUGGUUUCUCCCCGUCGUCGAAGUUUUCUGUAAGUUUCUCUUACUUUUAGACGUCACCUCAGACUUCUGAUCUUCAGGCUGAGCUGCAAACCAAAAACUGAGGAAAGAAACUUCCAACUGCAGAAUGUUUUAGUGAUGAGGAGAAAAAUAAAUUUAUUUUGCAGUGAAGCUCGACCUUCAUGGCAAAAAAAGCUUAUUGGUUAUCCAAAACGGGCAGUUUGUGCUUAAAAAUCGAAUUUGAGUUAAAAACUUUCCGGGGACUUGUCAGAAAUCAUCUCAGUUUUCAGGAAUCGGUGUAAAUGUUUCUUUUCUCAGAUUCACUGAAACUAUAAGAACUAAAAAACAAAAGUCCAAACAAAUUUAACUGAACACAUCUGAUCUCAUUGGUUGACUCUCACACCAGUCCAUUGUGGGAUUUGUAGUCCUGAUCACUCUAGAGCUGUAAAGAAUAGAAUAAAUGUUUCCUGCGUUUCGCUGCUGAAGUAAGAGUGUAACUUUAUGUAGAUGUUGACAGGUUAUGUAUUUUUCUACUGGCAGACAUGCAGAUAUAUUCAUGAGAGCAGGGGCUUCAUGCUGUUGAAGACUUUUAUUUUGGUAAAGAUUCAGUUUCUUGUCACAGCUUUACUCCAUUUGUUUCAAUGAAAGCUGAAGUUCUUGUGUUUCUCUGAGCUACAAUAAAAUAUAAAGGUUCA